AUGGCUCGUGUUCUCGAUGACCACCACAAUACCGCGCCAAUGCCGUUGCAUACGUUCUUGGAUCCGCCGGACGAGGAGGAUCUCGAGUUGCAGCGUUUCGACUCGCAUCGGCAGGACUACGACCACUUAGACUACGACACGAAACCGAUCUUAGCGGAGGAGCCUAUCUCGCCCGAUUCUCCAAACCCCACUACAGCCCACGGCAAAUCUACCGAGCAAGUCUCCUAUACGAAGCUAGUACCCUUAACGAUCUGUUUAUGUCUGGCUACCUUUUGUUUAUCCUUGGUCGAUGUAGUCACAGGUGUCCCCGGCGCGCGCGCGGCGCAUCACAUCAAAUCACAUCCGCAUAUUACCCCUUCCUCCACGCGCAACACGCGACAUCUAACACGCCUGCAGGACGCAACCAUUUUAGCAACAGCGAUUCCGAAAAUCACCAAUUCUUUCAACUCCCUUGAUGAUGUGGGUUGGUACGGUAGUUCGUUCCUGUUCACGAAUUGUACCGUGCAGCUCUUUUUCGGCAAGCUGUACACCUUCUACUCGGCGAAAUGGGUGUUUCUGAGCGGACUGGGCAUCUUCGAAAUUGGCUCUUUAGUCUGUGCCAUUGCGCCUAACUCGGUCUCGCUCAUUAUUGGCCGUGCAAUUGCUGGUAUUGGUGCUGCGGGUUUAUUCUCCGGUGCUAUCAUUAUCAUCGCCAAUACGGUUCCGCUGCGCAUUCGCCCUAUCUAUAUCGGUAUCUUGUCUAGCAUGCACUCUAUCGCCAGUGUGGCUGGCCCGAUUCUGGGCGGCGCUUUUACUGAUCAUCUGAGCUGGCGAUGGUGCUUUUGGAUUAAUCUACCACUUGGUGGUUUGACUGCUAUUGGAAUCUUCUUCCUUAUGCCGACUCGGGCUGGUGAUGUGCAACCACUCCCUUGGAAAGAGCAGGUCAAACAGUUCGACCUCCCUGGUACUCUCACCAUGAUCCCUUCAAUUAUCUGUCUACUGCUCGCCUUGCAGUGGGGUGGUUCAAAGUACGAGUGGAAAAGCGCCCGGAUUAUCGUAUUGAUGAUCCUAUUCGGUCUCCUCUUCGCGGCCUUUGUGGGUAUCCAAAUCUGGCAGAAGGACAGAGCUACCGUGCCUGUCCGCCUGAUGAAGAAUAGAAGUGUCUUCGGCGCUUCCUGGUACGCAUGCUGUAUCUCAGCACCAAUGUUCGUUGUCGCAUACUACCUCCCAAUCUGGUUCCAAGCCAUAAAAGGCGUAUCGGCAACAACUUCCGGAAUCGACAAUCUCCCCAGCCUAAUCGGCAUCGUCGUCUUCGCAAUCAUAGCCGGCGUCCUCGCCUCAGUAAUAGGCUACUACACCCCCUUCGUCCUAAUCUCCUCCGCUCUCACGGCCAUCGCAGCAGGAAUGUUGACAACCCUCACCGUCAACUCCGGCAUGCCAGAAUGGUUCGGCUACCAGGUCCUCCUAGCCGCGGGCGUUGGCUUCGGCGUGCAAAACGUCAUGCUAGUCUCACAGGUCGCCGUCGACGCAGCGGACAUGGCGAUCACAACCUCAAUCCUAACCUUCGUGCAAACUCUUGGCGGAACGAUCUGUCUCUCCGUCGCGCAGAGCGUGUUCCAGAACAGACUUAUACAAAACCUUCUCCGUUCGCUGUCGAGCGAGAACGCCGCGCUCGUUUUGUCCGGAGGCGCGACGGGCUUUAGAAAUAACAUGCCGAAGACUUUGUUACCGCCUAUCAUGGCGGCGUAUAAUGAUGCCGUUAUGCAGGCGCUUUAUGUGGCUGUUGCGACGGGGAGUAUUUCUAUUCUUGGGCCGAUUUGUAUGGAGUGGCUUUCUUUUAAGGAGAAGGCUGGAACUGAGAAUGUUGAGAAGGAGGGUAAGGUGCAAACGCGUGCUGAGGCUGUUAAGGCUGAUGCUGAGAUCGCGAGGAGGAGGACUAUUCGGAUGAGUUCUCUUGGUGCGGGUGGGAGGUUGAGUACCCUUGGUCCUUCGGCUGCUGGUCAUCGGCCUGGUGAAGGGGGUGGGUGGGUUUAG